AUGAGCGGUCCAGCAACAGCAUCCCAGACGCCAAGCUUCAUCGCCAGCCAUCAGCAGCAGCACCCGCACCACGCCCCGCACCAGCAACUGCACCAGCACCCGCAGCAGCAGCAGCAGCAUCCGCACCACCUGCAACAACAACACCAGCAGCAGCAGCAGCAGCAGCAGCAGCAGCAGCAGCAGCAGCAGCAUCUUUCGCACCAGCUCCAGCACUCCCAACUGCAGCCUCCUGCCCACUCGCCUGGUUCCGGUGCCCCCGACCAGCUUGCCAACAGCAACACCCCGAGAGGCCAAGUCAACGCCUGGGGUUGGCCUUCGGGCUUCAACAGUAGUCAAAUGUCUGCGGGCAACAUUGCUGGCCCGAGCAAACCACCGUUCCAGCAGCAGCAGCAGCUACCUCAGAACCAGGGGCAGAUGCUGGGCAUGUACAACGGCCAGCCACAGCAGCAGCAGCAGCAGAACCGCCUCCAGCAGCAGCAGGAGCAGCAACAGCAGCAGCAGCAGCAGCAGCAAACUCAGCAGCAACAGCAACAGAACGCUCCCGCCGGUGCGACCAUCUAUCCACCGCAGCCCUACGGCGCCUCGCAGGCGUUUGGCAACCCAUCGCCAGCGCCUUCAAAUAUGUCUGCUGCUCAGGGCAACAACGGAGGUCAGAAGGGCAAGGUGGGCAACCUCGGCGCCGGUGCAAGCGGUAUCGGGAUGCGGAAGCGAAACGCCAGCAACAGCCCCGAGGGCGACGGCAACAAGCGCUCCCGACCCGACGACGCCGGCCAGAGCCCUUCCAUGAAAAAGGACCAGUCCGCCUCGGGCUCAGAGUCGAGGGCCUGGGGCGAGGAGGCGACCAAGCUGGACGUGUACGUCUGGGACUACCUCACCCGCCGAGGCUUUGGAGGAGCCGCCAAGGCCCUCAUGAACGAGGCCGGCAUGGCCGAGCCGCCCGAGGUGCCUCUCAAGACGCCGCAGGGGCUGCUUUUUGAAUACUGGGCUAUCUUCUGGGACGUCUUCGCUGCCCGCACCGGCCGCGGCAGCUCUGAGGCGACGGCCUACUUCGAGUACCAGGAGUCUCGACAGAUGCAGCGCCUCGUCGAGGCCACGCGCAAGGGCGAGGCCCUGGAGGCUGCCUACCAGGCGCCCGACAACGCGGGACGUUUCCCGACGAUCACGGUCGCCGGCGCGCCCAUCGACCCUGCGGCCCUCAACGGCCGGCCGAUGGGCCAGCCCGCGUGGAACCCGGCGGCGCUGCCCCAGGCACAGCAGCAGCAGCUCCUCAUCACCGCCGCCCAGCGCCAGAACAUCCCGAUUCACGAGAUCAAGAACCUCACCCCCGCCACGCGGAUGGCGCUCCAUCGAACUCGAUGA